AUGUCUUCUAAGAAAGUAAUACUAAAUCCCGUCUUCCAGGCGCUUGUAGAGAUACAACAAAGCACCGAUGUAUGUCCGAAUCCUCAAGACUCCGAUUUCAAAACCUGUCGAACAAAGACAAUAAGAGGCGAGAGAUGCAGAAAUCGCCCUUGCAGAAAAGACGAAAGAUGGCACACUCCUAGCCUGUUGCUCGAGUUCCAGAACAUGGCAGAAUGUCCCAACACCAAAAGCUUCCACGAAAAGAUGAAAACCUUUGUCACUUAUACACAUUGCAAGGGGAAACAUCGAGACAAAGUCCUCGGCGCCUUUGAUGCAUGGAAGAAAAAAAAGGCCAUCGAUGAACUCAUUUCAGAGCGAAGUUCAACACCAUCUGCUUCAUUAAUCGAAACGACCAUACAACCAAUAACGACGGCUGCACUGCAACUUCUACCCUCGACGCCCGCACAAUCUAGAGCACUUUCAGACUAUGCGACAUCAGACGAUGGCACCUCUUUCGUCGAGAGCAUUGCGGACACUCGUUCGGUCACUAGCAAUACAACAUGCAUGACCUCUCUGCCUAACACUCCCUUGCGAAAUGGAACAGUCUCCCGAUUUCACAUAGAAGAUGUCGCCGAGGAAGAAUGUGCCAGUGAGCCUAUUUUUGGAGCAGACGAUUACAUUGAUAGCGGUAGUGAUGAAGAGGUUAUCCAAGAGGAUGCUGAGCAGGAUGUUUUUGAAGAUGCCAUCACUAAAAAUGGGAUUCUUCGAGGGGAUAUCAUCGCUUCCGACAUCAAACGCGAGCGUGAUGGCGAGAGAAUACAAGAGUCUAUUCUCAAUACUAGGAUAAAUACUCCAUUGCCUAAGAAUGAACAAAACGACGAGAGAAAAGACAAAGAAGAAAAAAGAGGCGAUAAUGAAGGAGAAGACUCCGCCAUAGAAGGGCUUGGGAUUAUCGGUAUCCAGCGCACCCUGUCAUUACGAGAUCACUCGCCUGUAUUUCAAGUUAUCAACGGCCAUCCUACACCAUCAAAGAUGAGAGAGGGCGUUGUCUACAUUCUUGAACAUGAGAAGAACCCUUCGCUCUUCAAAAUUGGGUGGUCGAGUAAAAGCGCCAAGGAGAGACUUAAGCAACCCAGAAACUGUUACGGAAAAAACACCAAGGUUUUCUACGAGACAAAAAGGUUCGUUGGCGCCCCGCAGGCUGAGAGAAUUGCGCAAGUCAUACUCCGGCAUGUCAACAUUCGUGUUUCAGAAUGCUUCUAUUGCCAAGGAGGACACAGAGAGUGGUUCGCGGCGCCUAGAGAAACAGUCCAUGAGACAGUGAUGCACGUUGAAGAGUUUCUCCGGAUGCCUGCGUAUACUCUGCAGGAUAAGGUAUACAAGCUAUCACCAGAAGUAUAUGAGCGCGUGGUUAAGCAGAUGUGCGACUUUUCAGUGGCCAGAUUUGGAGAGCUUAUGCAUGGGCCAAGGAAACAGCAUGAAGAAACGGAGAUCUCAGACGUGUUGAUUGACGCCAAGGUGCUACCUUUGGCUCAACUUACUCUCCAACCGGUUGAAAAGUCUCGCCUCAACGCCAGUGAUGGACUGUCAGAGUUCCAAGACAGCAAGAGUUUUGUUUCCACUUCAUCGCACGACACCAAGUCACAGAACUUGACGGCAGGGGUCAAGCUGAUGAGGAAAGUGAAGUGGCUCUUUUCAAUCAGCGAUUCUGUCAGGGCAUACCUUUCCGACCUAUAG